AUGAUAUUUGAAAAUAAUCUUAUUGAGUUUUCUCAUGAUUUAGAAUUACUUAUUAACGAUAUGGAAAUGUAAUCUAAACAGUUAAUCAUUAAUUAGAUUUUAAAUUGUUACUUAAUUCUUAAACUCUAUCAAAUAAUUGAAUAUAAAGAAUGUCUUUUUUUCAGAUCAUCUAAUGAUACCAACUCAUAAAAUUAUUUAAGGAUAUUAAUUAUUAGCCUCAUAGCAUUCAAUAUUUUUCAUAUAUAACCAAGUUUGGUCAUUAUACUGAAGAAUAGUCUAAACCAAUAACUUCCAAAUACCAGCUGCAUUUUUAUAAGUAAAAUUAUUAAAGAAGAAAGCUAUGACUUAGUAGGAAAGCAAGCUGAGCAAACAAUUUUGCAAUUUGAUCAAAAAGAAGAUGAUUACUAAAUAUAAAAAAAUAUGUUUAUGCAUUAGAUAUAGAAAUCUUAUCAAAAAGGCUUUGGAUUGGUAGUGAAGGGAAUAAUUUCAUAAGAAAAGAUAUUAUUUUGUCUAAGAAAUACUAUGAUUCAGGUUCUCACCCCUUUAUUCUUGAUCCCUAUAAUUCAAAAAAAUAACUUUUUUAUAUUGAGAUUAACAGUGAAUCAUCUGAAAAAUGGAGAAGUGUUCAAUAUUUGA